AUGUCCCAAGUCAUACAGAACCACGUGCUGCGCGUGGGGCAGACUGUGUGCAUUCCCUCUCCCGAGGAGAGCAAGAGCCUGCACCCAGCGGGGUACCCGGGGUGCUCCACCCUGUCCAGCAAGUACGUCUACUACUCCACGGAGUCCUGGGCUGACCCCCCCUCCGUGGUGCACCCCAAGGCUCACCUGCUGCCCGGGGGGAGGCUGUAUGGAGCCCACCCCGUGCUGGAGCGUGUGGCUGCUCACACACAGCAGGGGAAGGGCCAGCAGGAUUCCUCCGUGGGGAGAUCCGCUGCUCCGUGUCAGCUGAAGCAGGAGGAGAACACCAGCACCGAUCCUGAGGCUCAGCCAGCGCCUCCCUCCCUGGACAUAUCCAUAGAGGCUCUCAACAAGCUGAUCCUAGAAAUCGAUCCCACCUUCCAGCCGCUCAAGGAUCCAGCCCAGCCUGCUGUUUGGGGUGAUGCUGAAGCCACCAAGAAACAGGAGCCAGAGGUGAUAGAUAUCAAGUACAUAGAGUUGACACCAGGCAGAGCCACAGGGCCCGAGCUGCCACAGGGCUCCCCCAGCCCUUCGGGCACCCCCUUCUCCCGAUCCCCUCAGACCAGCGGCUUCCUCACCCAAAAAGGGGCACUCGGGGGCAAAUACAGCACCAGCGACAGCGUGGUUUUCUCCAGCCCACCCUCGAGCUCCCAGUCAGCCACGCUGAGCUGCAGCAAAGCAUCUGAGAGCAUCUCAGUGCCCCGGCAGUGCACGGCUGGGCGCACCGACACCGUCCCCCUCGGCACCUCCCCGGGCUUUGACAACCUGCUGAAGCCUGUGCACGUGGUGAGGGCCCAGCAGAGGGGCAGUUGGGUGUCCCAGCUCUCCACAAGCCCCGGCUCCGACACCAGUUACAUCCUGGGAAGCAGCACCCACUCACUGCACAGCGAGGACUCGGAUGCUCCCACCGCUGCCUGCCCGUCCCCCGCCAGCUCCCUGGGCAGCCCCUGCUCCCCUUCCCCUGGCACCGGCUGUCACUCCAGACAAGCUUUCGGCCAGAGGCCCCCCCAGCCCAGGGCAGGCAGCUCCCCCAGCGCCAGCCCCUCCUCAGCCCAGAAGGGCCAGCCCAGCAGCUGCCCCCCCUCCAUCCUCCCCUCCUCAGCCGACAUCCCGGUGCUGUUGGUGAACGGGUGCCUGGAACAAGGAGAUGGAUCCCCCCAGACAACCAAAGCCCCCCCCAGCUGUGCCAUGCAGGCCCCCCCUCCGGGCUGCAGCCCUGCCCCGAGGCUCGGGGGCCUGAACAACGCGCUGUCGGCUCCUGCGCUCUCCUGCGUCCCGGACAGUCCCCCCAGGGCUGGGCAGCCCACCAUGAAGUUCGUGAUGGACACAUCAAAGUACUGGUUCAAGCCAAGCAUCAGCAGGGACCGAGCAAUCCAGCUGCUGAGGAACAAGGAGCCAGGCACGUUCCUUGUGCGGGACAGCACGUCAUUCCGGGGCUCCUUCGGACUGGCCAUGAAGGUUCCCGGCUCUCCAUCCAGCAGCCAGACAGGUGACGACAGCAGUGACCUCGUCCGGCACUUCCUCAUCGAGUCCUCCACCAAAGGGGUGCACCUGAAAGGGACCAGAGAGGACCUGUAUUUUGGGAGCCUCUCUGUCUUCGUCUACCAGCACGCCAUCAUCCCUCUGGCGCUGCCCUGCAGGCUCAACAUCCCCACCCGAGAUCUCGCUGACGGAGAAGACAGCCCUGACUGUGCUCCUGAAUCCACGCUGUCCCUGGCAAAGAAAACUGCAGUGUGCAACGUCCUGUACCUCAGCUCGGUGAACGUGGAGACGCUGACGGGAGCCCCGGCCAUCCUGAAGGGAAUCUCCUGCAUCCUGGAGCUGGAGACGCCGCCCACGCCCACCCUGGUGCACUUCAGGGUGGCAGAGCAGGGCGUCACCCUGACCGAUGUCCAGAGGAAGGUGUUUUUCAGGAGACACUACCCCUUGGCUGCCAUCAGGUUCUGUGGGAUGGACCCUGAGAACAGAAAGUGGCAGAAGUACUGCAAGUCCUCCAGAAUCUUCGGGUUCGUGGCCAAAAGCCAGAAAGACUCGGAGAACCUCUGUCACCUGUUUGCGGAGUAUGACACGGUGCAGCCGGUGUCGCUCGUCAUCGACCUGCUCCGCCAGCUCCUGCCCGGCCCCUAGGGAGGGGACCUUGGGAUGCCCAGGGCUGGCAGCUCCCCACACACUGCCAAGCUUCUCCUGCUCCCCUGCUCCUGCUUCUGGGUUGCACUUUGGCAACAGCUCGUGUUUAUACUCUUUUUGUCACGUGCCAUCACGUCAGAAGUCUCAGUUAGGGAUUUUCAGCUCUGGUGGGAUGAGAUGCCCACGGGGAGCUGUGCGGGUCUGGGACAGAGCGGUGGGAUGGGAGCUGCGCUCCCUGUGGAACCACAGCCCCUCACCUGGCACCUGCUGGCUGCUUUGCAGGGCCCCAGUGCUCUGGCUGAGGUUCCUACUGGCCACGAGGGACCCCUGUGCUCGGGGCAUCCAUGCUAAGGAAGGUCAUGGAGCUGAGCUGAGCUCCCACCAUCAGGGACUCGGCCCUGACCCCCUCAGUGCCACAGGAGGGGAGGUCUGGGGCAGGCAGGGGGGACUCACCCCCCCUGAGUAUCACCAGAAGGCAGCUUUGCAAAUCAAGCCGUAUAAAAAUCACCAAGUCCUGCUGGAAACCUGCUUCCCUCCAGGAGCGAGAGGCAUCCGCAGGCAGGAAUGUCAGAGCAGCGCAUUUUUUCCCCGUGCUGGGAAAUUCUCCUGCCCUUUUUCGCAGAGCGGGGUUACGGGCGGGCUCGACCUCCCGGCGCUGCGGAGAGCUGGGAAAUAAACGGUGACAUUUUCAUGA